AUGGGUUCGGAGAUGAGCGCAAAGGAAGGAAGUGAUUACCAAAAUGGAAAUGUCAAAAAGGACGAUGAUUUGUACGAAAAUGGCGCAGACGAAAAUGAUCGAGAUAAAGAAGGUAAAGCAGCUCAAGACAUGGGGAGUAAAUAUAAAAAUGGCGAUAUUCGCAGCAGAAAACCGGUUAAAGCGGGAAGUAGGACAAAAGCUGAGCUGAGGAAAGCAAUUCUCAAAACUAAACAACCAAGCGUGAACGAACAGCAUAAACCUAUCGCCAUUCCAAAGUGGCUCUCCCCAAUUUAUUCUGUUGUGAUGUUUGUGGAAAAUACCUUGCCUUCGAGGUUCAGACGACUGUUUGUUUUUCUGACCAUUGUCGGGCUUGCAUUUGGAACCAGGCUGUUCAGUGUGACACUGCCACCUCAUAUCUGGUUAGUAAAAGUUUUCGUGUUUAUCAAAUCUGAAUCAAUUGCCAAGAUUGAUGAUGUUACCUUUGCAGUCUAUGUUCUGUCAGUCGAUGGACUAACCUUGUGGAGAUUCCGCUGGAUCCCUUCUUAUUGUAGCAUCAUGAUACUUUGCCGUGAUAUUUAUAUUUUGAAAAUUUACCCUCCACUCUGAAUUGAUUGAGUGUUUUCAGUUCUGUCUCUUCCUUUCGAAACUGAUGCCUCAACGAUGAGGUGAUUUCGGUAAUUACCUUCAAGUUGCCGAAAGAGAAUAACUAUUAGUAGUGUAUUUCUCACGAAUAAGUUAUCGUUAUUCGAUUAUUUUGCUGGCUCAAAAGCUUCCCAAGCUUUCAUUAAAGAAAAAAUGACGUUUGAGCGAGUCGUGAUGAUUAAAGUCACAUCCAAAACAGGUAUAAAUUCACGUCUGUGUACAGUAAUGACUUAGUUAUCUAACUCGAUCAGAAAAAGACAAAAAACUACAACAACAACAACAACAACAACAGAAAAGAAAAACUUAAAACUAGAUACACGAAAAAAAAAAUGAAAAAGUAAACAAAACAUAGAAAGCGGUGAAUUGUUUUCUAUUGCAUUGUGUUUCGACGGCUAAGAAAAGAAUGAGGGGCUAAGGGGACUUAGAGACAUUAUAACACGAUUUUUGCUGACCAAAAUUAUUUCUAGAGAGAGAAACUUAUGAAGGAGUGAAGGCUGACCCAGCCAACCUGAAUGCUCUCUCCCGCAGCGGCUUCUCUUAUUAUUUUUUUGAACGAUAAUAAAGAUUAAAUUAAGAUAUUGAAGAAAUCAUGAGGAUUCUGAUGGACUGAGGAAUCAUUCCUUUUGAAGUUGCUAAACCUGUGCAAAUCGGAAAGCAGGCUUUACCUAAAAUUUCUAUCUCAACGGGAACCGGAGUAGGUAGUGUGGAUAUUUUUACAGUGGUUUCCGUAGCUUUUUUUAAUGAGUGGAUGUCGAUGGUAGAAUAGAAGGGCUGUGGUCACUAAGGGGGUCGUACAAACAGCAGAAGACAGCUUCUGUCAGCCUGUGACAAGAGGUGAAGGUGGAAGAGACGUUCAUUAAAAAGUUUUUCCUCAUUCCAUUAAAACAUGGAUCUACAGAAUUAUCUGAAACCUACUUUGAGAAAUAAUCUGCUUUGAAUGAAAAUUAACCGAUGAAUAUGGCCACGAGUAAUAAUCCUAAGGCCAAAAAAAUUCUGGAAACCACUUCUUAGUCGGAGUAGGACCUGGGUAGGAGAUAAGCCGUGUAGGUUCGAAUCGUAGACUUGCGAAGCGCGCUCACGACGCUUCGGUUUGGCGAAUGAAUACUUAGGAUUUACAUCUCUUUGUCGCAAAAUAUGACUCCUCGAAAAGGCGCAAAGGCGAAAAAGCCAGACAAAGAUAGCGACAAUGAGUCAGAAAUGUCUUCACCGUCGGAGACUACACGCGAUUGUGCCAAAGAUGUCCACAUGUCUAAGUCGAAUGAUUUGCCAAAAGUGAACCGCAAAGUGUUUGGCCGGCUAAUAGUUUUUGGAGGAAUCUUACUCAUUACAUUUGCAACCCGACUUUAUGCAUUAGAAGACCCACCUCAUAUAUGGUAAGAGAGUUAAGAAUUAUAACGUUCAGUAAUUUCCGAUUGAUUUGUUAUUAUGUUCAAUAUUUCCAGUUGUACUACUACGGAAAUAUUGCUUUUAUUGUAUAGUUUCGUUCUGAAUGACGCCCAGUGUGAGGUGUCUCACUGCCUUGUAACGGACUAAAUUUAACGUGGAAACUUAAGAAUUUAGGGACUUGUAGAAAUUAUUGACCACUCAAGGGGCUGGAUUGCCGCUCCUUAAUUACGGUUGUGUAGCAACUGUUGACGCCAUUUUAAAACAAAUAACUGAGUGCCAAGAUAUUCCUCGAUUCCUUUGGGGAUUUUUCAACCGUAACAGUCAAUUUAUUUUAAGUUGAAUUACAACAACAAAUUGUGUACGUAUAGUUCAUAACUAUGCCUUUCUAUCAUUUUUUAUUGCACUCUGAUCAAAUUCAAGUUACCGGCUUUCAUUACGAGCUUGAAACGAAUAUUGCAUGAAUCGGUAUUCCAGUAAGCAAUUCUUGAGUGAAUCGAGCAAUUCUUGAGUGAAUCUUUGAUAACUCAUUAAUUUUUGGACGGUAAUUGUUUAUUAACCCCCAGAAGAUUUUGGUUGUUUUAAAUUUUCUGCUCUUAGCAAGAAUUUCGAAUUUACUCUCCUCCAUUAAUUAAAGCCACCUGUGUUUUCACUCUUUGUUGUUCAGUGACUGUGCAAGAUUGUUACAGCUGUUUGUGUAUCUUCCUACUGGUGCUUAAACAAACGCGUUACACCCACAUUUUUAAGGUGGCUCCAUAGGGUUUUUUGACUGCGUGAGAUCUGGAUACUAACAUAGCUUGAGCUUAAAACCUGGCAAUCCAAUAUGAUUGUAUGAUUGUUACCUGAAAAGGUGUUUAAAAACAGUUCAACACCAUACAGUUGUUAUGUGAUGGAAUCAAGGGUUACCACCUGUAGUAUUCAUAGUCCUUCUACGCCUGAAGGUCAACUGGAAAGAAAACACUGUAAGAGAGAUUGCCAAAAGGCAACAGAUUUGAAAGUCUACACAUGCUCAGAUACCAAUCUUGGCAAAGCACUAUUCCAUUGUGUAAUGCUUUGUGAUAAAGAAAAUUGGGAUCAAUGGCUUUUCCUUUGGUGAAAUUUCACAAGAUUUGCUGGACCAUUAAACAUAUUUUUGUCUUUCCUAGUAUCUGUUGAUUAAAAAAAAUUAAUGGGACCAAAUUUAAGAUAGAGGAAGGAAACACAGAAUUGCAAAUAGUCAGAAGACUACCUUUGUAACCUCCUAUUUUUUUGGCUUUUAAAUAAUUGGCAGGACAAAUUGGGAAAAUUUUGAGAGGUUUCACGGAAGAAAAUUGAAGAAAAUGGGAGGCAAAGCCAAACUAUUGCUCACAAUCGCCUCCCUUUGUGGAGCCUUAGCUUAGUAAUGAAAAUCAUUUUCUUAAUAUUCACCACAGCAAACGAUAGUCUGAACCUUGCUCAUCACCUUCUGAUGGCUUUUAAUGACCUAGAAAAGUGAAAACAUAAAAAAAUUUUCUAGAAAAACAGUACACUGGUGUGCAUGCGAACAUUGAGCAAAAACCCUAUGGAGCCACCUUAGAUACUACUCAAGCUAUUGCAGUAUGUAAAUUGACAAAUGUUUAGUGAUCUUGCUUUUUCUUGUAAAAUUUUUUUGUCUGUUUGUUUGUUUUCUGGAGAGGGGGAGGUGGGAGAGGGGGGUUUAAGGUUGAGAAAGAAAAAUGAGAAGUUUUUCCUCAAAAAGUUGCCUUGUCUUAAAAUGGGCAUACAAGUCUUUGUACAAAUAGGCUCUUUAGGGAAGUGGUCAUAAGGGGAAAAUUUGCCAGUAUAGAUCUUUAAGCUUUUAACUCCCAUUUUAUUUCUCCUUAAAAUACUUCUACAACAUCAACCAGAUAAGUAAUGAGAAUAAAGAAAAAUAACAAUUUGGGGAUAAUUAGCUGAUCCAAUGCUAAAUUCUCUGAACUAACAUUAAAAGAAUUGUAUGGUUGACAGUAAGGAGAAUUACAAAUUUGAUCUGGGAGUUUGGGUUAAACAUGGAUAAUUUGAGAACCUUAGGCUAUUUUUGUCAAGGUCUCUUUCUUCUAUAAUUUAUGCAUUUAAUUACAAAAACAUAGACAGCCAAAAACUGUUUGCUUUGAAUGAUAUUGUGGGUAUGCAUGUCGGAUGACCACAAUUGAAUGUAUAUGGUGAAGUGAUUAACUUGUCUGAAGUUUUCCUGGAGAGAAAGAUUUAUUGCAAAAAUAUUUCAUUGAAACUUGGCAAACACUAUAGCCCUUGUUGCCUGCCACUACUACAGUAGUCUUGUUUCAAAGACUAUCUUACUGUGCUGUUGUGAGACCAGGCCUACCGGAGGUUAUUGCAUUUAAUUUGGUGGGUGUCUAUUUAGCAGUAGCUACAUCACAGCUGCAACUGUAAUUCUAUUCUCCCAAUAUUUUCUAAGAUAGCAGUCACUCAAGUGAGAUCUACAGCUUUUUUGAAUGUGAUUGUUGCCAAACUCAGCAACUGAAGGAGUUUGGAAUCUGCGAGUCACUUUAUAUUGACUGAUAAUCCUUAAAAUUUUUAGAGCUGGAAAAUUCUAAUGCACUUAUUUAAAAGAGCAUGCAUAGUUAUUUUCAUUCCUUUAGUUGCUGAGAUAUAUUUUCUUAGAUACUUCUCUCAGUCCUUUAUUUAUAACCCCCAUAGAUUUAUGAAGAUUUCAAUAGUUGUCUUCCAUGUCCACAAACCCAUUGAGCAGAAUUAAAAAUAUGAAAUUGUUUUAACUUCUUCUUGAUGUUCUUGAUAUUGUAGUUGGGAUGAAACUCAUUUUGGCAAACAUGCUAAUUACUACCUCAAAGGAGAAUUCUUUUUUGAUGUUCACCCACCAUUAGCAAAGGUAAGCAUUUAUAACAAUUUGAUUGUCAUCACUAGGGUUUUUUUAUACUGUUAAUCUUGGGUGUAAAUGUUCUUUUUUAAGCAAAAUUUUCAGAUUACUCUGUUUUUUUGUCUCAGUCUAUAAAAUGGUUCAUGAAAAUGAACAAAUUGUAAACAAAUAAUUAUCUUAAAUUUAGAAUUGUAGUGAAGUAUUCAAUUCAAUUAAAAGUAAUUUAUGAGGUAUUAAUUGAAUGAAAUUAUGAAUGGAUGGAUGAAUGAAUAAAUGAAUGGUUAACUGAGAGAAUGGUCAAUUAAUUAAGUAAAGAGUAAAAGCCAAACAGAACAAUCUAAAAACACUCUGACAUGAUUAUAUUUUACAUUUUAUCCUCCUAAAUAAGUCUGUUAAUUUUUUUUUCUUGAAACAGAUGUCAAUUGCCUUGGCUGGAUAUCUUAGUGGCUAUAAUGGUUCAUUCCCGUUUGAUAAACCUGGUGAUAAUUAUGGAGAGAACAGCUAUGUAGGGAUGAGAUUGGUGAGAUGUUAUAUAAUUAUAUAUUUUUGUUGCACAGUAAUUAACCUGUUUGUAUUUAUUAUAUAGUUUUAAUUAAUUGUUUAACAUUUUUCUAAGGGGUCAGCUAUGAACUAUUCCUGUUUUUGUCUUAGUUAAGCAUGGCAAGAGUCUGUUUUCAACUUGUCUGAAAUGUAAUUUGUGACUGAUGUUUUUUAGGAGAAAUAUGCUAUCAAUUGCAUCUACUGUACCCUUCCGCACAUGAGAUUAAAAUAAUUAUGUUCCAUUGGCCCAUCAAACCCCUUUGUUGCAAGAGAAAAACUGAAAAGUUUUCUGUCCACCACUGGCACUUGUUUUUGACUGUGUUUGAUACCAUCUUUGCAUCAAUGCUCAACAUUCUUCUAACCCCUGUGAACAAAUGGAGCUGUGCAGAUCUGUCACUUGAUUUUGUAAAACAGCGGAGAGUAGUAUGCUACACUUGAAAUUUCUGCCUUGUUUGUUGACUGGAAAAGCCACUGAUGACCACCACCAACAAGUACAAAAACCUCCUCUGAAGUGUAGGCAAGGCAAAAGCUUCACCUGAAUGGGAAAAAAAUUGGAAGUUUUGCUGUUAAAAUAUUGAAGUUUGAUAGCUUAACAGAACAUUUUUAUCACAUGCAUGGAAUGACACACGUAGAUGGAAUCAACAAUAUUUAUAUUCAAUUUAUUUUAAACCUUUGAUCUCCUUUUUGAGCAUAGUAACACACAGUAUAUGUUAUGUCCAGAAUACUUUGUAAUGUCAUCAUGGAAGCUGUUAAGUCAUGUCAAGCAUUACAUGUUAGAUUGUCGUUCUCUCUUUGUGUUUUAAUUUUGUGCAAUAUUGAAGCUGUAUUGAAUUAUCUCAACCAUUAUUGUUGUUCUUUCUUUUUUGUGUGUUUUAGUUUUGUGCAAUAUUGGGUGCCCUGUGUGUACCACUUGCUUAUCUUACUGUGUGGGAGCUCACCAAGUCAACAGGCGCUUCCCUUCUGAGCACAGCAUUCAUAGUCUUUGGUAAGUUGAAUAAAUCAUUUAGAAGUUAUAUAACCCUCUAACUCCCAUGAGUGACCAGGACAGAAUUUCUCCUAACAAUAUCAAGCAAAUAAGUGAUAAGAAUGAAGAAAAAUAUCAAUUAGGGGAUAUUGAUCUAAUACCAAAUUCUCCAAACUAACAUUGCCAUAAAUUAGUAUAGUUACGAACAUACUGACAAGGAGAAUUUGUUUUUGAUCAAGUGCCUUGUAAAUGGGUGAUUAUUUCCUUUCUUCUCAUUGCCUGUACAUCUGAUUAAAGGUUGGUAGAGUAAGUAAAAGUUAGAUGCUAGUCAUUCCCAGGGGUUAUAGGGUUAACCCUUUAAACUCCCAAGAUCUCAUCAAUAAUUCUCUCUACUGUCUGCCAUACAGUUCUUGUGGUGUUAGUUUGGAGAAUUUGGUAUUGGAUCAACUUAUAAUUCCUCAAUCAAUAUUUUUCUUUGUUCUCAUCACUUGUCUGCUUGAUAUUGUAUUGAUAUUGUAAAGAGAAAUUCAGUCUGUCUUGGUCACUCACGGGAGUUAAAGGCUUAAGGCUGUUGGCUUCUUGCUAUUGUGGUAACUCCCAGUGUUUUUAUUGAGAACAACUUCGUUGUUUGGUAUAUUUUCCUUACAGUAUCCUCCCCCUUUAAUUUUGAUGUACUAUGAAACUAAAGAAUAGAGUAGACCUCCUUCAUCUUUUGCCUUUUACAACCCACUGACUUUUUAUUUUGAAAAGGAACUGUUAUGCCCUUAUGUUCUCAUUUUGCAUUGCAGAUCAUGGAUGCCUUACAAUAUCACAGUACAUUUUACUGGAUCCAGUUCUAAUGUUUUAUAUCAUGUUAUCAACUUAUUCCUUUACCAAGUUUCAAAACUGCAAAAAUGUGUAAGUACCUCAUCUGCUAUCCACUCAUUGCUGUUUAAUGUCAGAAAAAAAUGCAACACUGGUUAUGGGGAGAUUAGGUCCAUUUGAGUAUGCUCUACCAGACUAUGGCACCCCACAAUGUGAUUGAAAUCUUUCAAAAAUGUUCUGCUUAGUUUGUUUUAAGCAUGACAAGUAAAAUAAAUAUUCAAACCACCAGAGCAAUCCUUUUAACUGUUGAAUUUUUGAGAAUUCCAAGUGAUUUUAGGCAAUGAUAUGAGGUGCUACAGGUGGGAAAUUUCACUGGUUACCGCCUAAAAGGAAGGAUAUUGUCAAAUGUUUUAUUGCCGUUGUAGAUAUUGGGUGUCUCACUACGUGUAUGUUGUAAUGCUAUCAAUGGUUAACUUCAUGUUUGUUUCUUUUUCUAUACAAGUCCUUACACCUUUGAGUGGUGGGCUUGGAUGGCAGCAUCUGGUGUAUUUUUGUCUUGUGCAUUUAGGUGAGUGAGUGACUGAAACUGCUUAACUUACAUAUUGAUUAUGUUUCAUCUGCCUCUCCUUUAAAUGUUGGCCAACAAGUACCUUGUGGGUUACACCAUCAAGUGUUUGUAGGGUAGUGUAGCUAUUUGUUAGCACUCGGGUAAUAUCUGUAAAGUUAUGUACUAAGCAAAUGCCAUCUUUCUGUCUUAUUCUUUUUCGGAAGUUUAACUUGUCAUACAAUGGUUUUCUGUAGAAAGUGGUCUGUCUUUUCUUAAUUAAAUUUAAAACUGAGUGGAAUUGUAUAUUUAGUUGUUGUCAUCUGAAUUGGUGAACGUUUGCCCUCACAAAAUGAUUUUAAUUUUCCCAGUACCCCUAUGUGUAGUUUGAUCUCUAAGUUAACAGUAUUUCAGGGAUUUUUUCAUUUUGAAUGUUUAUUUAUUUCAUUUUAAUUUUUUACAAAAAUAUUAUUGUGUUUUCCUUCCCUCAGCUGCAAGUGGGUUGGUUUGUUUGUGAUUCUGUGGGCUGGUAUUACAACAGUUUUAAAUCUUUGGGAUCUUUUAGGAGAUCUGUCUUUGUCUCUGGUUAGUAUCAUUGCCUGUUUAUUAUAUCAGAAUAUUAAUAAAUAAAUUUGUCAUUAUUUGGUUUGAUUUGAAUGUUGAUAAAAAUUUAUCUGAUCUCCAUGAUUCAAAUUUGCUAUGGUGCAAAGGAGGUGUGUCAAAAUGAGGAAAUUAAGUGAUGAAGUUAUUUGCUAUGUCAAGAGCACAGGAUGAAGAAAAGAGUAGCGGCCAUUUCGAGAAAUUGAACCUUAGAUCUACAAAUAACUUGCUGGUUGGCUGGGCCACAAAAGAGGUUUUUGUGUGACAAGUGUCCUGCAUGAUGUUCAGCGAUGUGAAAGUGUUGUAUGUGUUAUUACAUGUAGCAUAACAUGUUAUUGUUAUAUUUACAAUGUCUUUUUACUUUGUUCCAGUUUGAGAUUGGUAAACACUUUAUGGCUCGAGUGCUUUGUUUGAUUAUGAUCCCCAUCUUUGUGUACCUCUUUUGGUUUGCUGUUCAUUUCAAGAUGCUGCCAAAAACGUAAGAACUUGUUGCAUAUUAUUUAAUAUUUACCCUACAUUUAGUUAUUAAAGUCACAUUUCCUUGAACUUACAUAUGCCUGCCUUGUUAAUGAGGGGUCUUCUCCGUUCAAGUCAUUUUGAUAUAGGGACUGGAAAAAUUUUUAGAGAAACCAUGUCUAAAGAUCAUUUUGUUGUUUUUGUGUUAAUUUUUUUGCCAACUGAAGGUAUUCAGUUUUGAUUUAUUCAUUAAGAUUGGGUGGCAGUCAUUGAGUUUGAUCACUGAUAAGAUCUUUACAUGGAAAACUUGUUUAAUAAAGUGUACUUUGUUUACUUCCUCCCCUGCAUAACAUGCAAUCUAUUUUAUGUGAAAAUUCAAGGGGGGUUCUUUGUAUAGAGGGAAAAGUACACACCAGCAAAGUUAAGGAGGACUGCUAUGGAUGCAAUGGGUCUUUUUGUUAUUAAUAGCACUUUCUCUUUCUUUGCUAAGUGGAACUUCAGCAGUGAUUGUUCACCAAUCCCUAGCAGUAGGGGAGAGUCUGUAGCGGGCUUCACUCGUAGUUUAUACUGCUUAUUUGACCUAACUAGUGAUUGUAAAGAGUAUCUCAAUGAACAUGCUGGGUGAGCUUCUCUCCUAGGAAGUCAUAUUUGGUAAGAAAAAAGUGUAAAAGAACUUAAUGAAAAUGGUUAAUAAUAUGUGUUUAGUAUGUACUAAUUGUUUUUCUUUGAUUUAGUGGGCCAGGUGAUGGAUUUUUCAGUUCUGCCUUUCAGUCAACUCUACAAGGAAAUGUUCUUUACAAGAAUGUGGUACCUGCAGGUAUAUGAAUUACAUAACUGAAUGUAUAGACUGGCUGAAGUGUUUAUUUUGAAGUUCCAAAGUUUUGCUCCAUAAUGAAUUAGCCACAGAGGAAGUUUCUCUUGUAAUGGUUUCUUUGAUUUAAGCUAAAGUUUUUCAGAAAGUAUUCUACCUGGUAAUUGAUGUUCAAGUGUAAUACUUCAGACUGAUAUUUUCAAUUAACUCCUUUUUUUCUACAGACCUUGCUUUUGGUUCAAUUGUUACACUCAAAAACACUCGUGCAGGAGGAGCUCUUUUACAUUCACAUCAUCAUCUUUACCCCAAAGAACAUCCUCCUGAGCAGCAACAGGUCAGUAUGUUUUAAUAUGAAUUUCUCUUAAACUAGUGGCUGUGUUGGCACAAUUGUUUUAAUUUAGAGGCCCCCAUUUGUGUCUUCUUGAUGGCCCUUUUUUAAAAUGUCCAUACCAAUAACAGCAUGUGAAUGUGUUCCUCGCUGUGACAAAUUCCAGUCCUUGCAUACAAGAAAUUGUUUUGACAAGUCUCAGUUAAUGUCUUUAUAAGUUCCCUGUUGAUGUCUGUUGGAGAGGCAUUGUAUGAAUUUUGGGAACUGUGUUGAAAUUGUCUACUUCAAGUUUGGAUAGAUGGGAAUAAAAUGGGAAUGGAAAAGGGAAUUGCUACACAGUCGCUGGAUUGGGUCUUUCCCUUUUGGUAUAAAAGGUCUGAUAAGAAAAUUAAUCAUCACAGUUUCCACUGGAUGACUUACCGGUAAUGAAGACACAUUUCAUUCAUCAUAAUUAAAAUGUUCUUUUCACAGAUUACUUGCUACUCUCACAAAGAUGACAACAAUAAAUGGUUGGUGAAAAAGGCCUAUGAAGAUUACAGUAAGUUUAUGGCUGAGAUCUCUCAUUCAUCUUUACACCCUAACAUCAGUUUGUAAGUUCUCCAUACUAAUCUCUAUACAUUUCCUAUGAUGCUCACAAGGAGAAUUUGCUUAAUAAUCAAGAGCUUCUCGACUUCAUGACCAUUUCCUUUAUUCUCAUGACCUUAACAUUUGAUUCAGGGUUGGUACUGUUGGGAGAAAUUAGAUGUGUAUCACUUUAAGGGGUUAAAGGAUUCAUUGCAUUUUUAAAUACUAACUCCAGCCUAUAACUAUUUUUAUGUACACCGCCUUACAGAUGACCAGCAACCUAUUGAAUACCUCAAGAAUGGAGACUGGAUCAGGCUGGAGCAUAUUGGGUAUGUUCAACAAUUAUUUUUAUUAUUUUAACCCUCUACGCCCUAACCUUAGCAGGUAUAUUCUCCAUACUGUUCUCUAUACAUUUCCUAUGGCACUGACAAGGAGAAUCUAGAUACAAAUAAAUAGCUUUUCAAGUUUGUGAUCAUUUCCUUAAAUCUCAUGGGCCUCAUGUUUGAUUCAGCAACGAUACCUUAGGGAGAUAUUAGAUGCUAGUUACCCUCAGGGUCAAGUGUGAGUGUUCAUCGCAAGAAUAUAGGAAUAAAAUCCUUGUUGCAGUGUAACUCUUCAGUGAUAGCUCAGAGAUGAUGUCAAAAUGUGGUAACAACAUCGGUGAUAUCUACACUCUUUUGCACCUUAUGUGCCACUUUUUUGUUCUUAUCAUAUUUUGACGUCAUCUGUGAUCUAUUACCAAACAGAUGCUUUCCAUGUUCAUGUAACAUGUGUAAACAAUAACUUGCUAACUUUGUUCCAGAACCAAGAGAAAUCUUCACAGUCAUCAAGAAAAAGCUCCACUCACCACUCAUCAUAAUCAAGUAACAGGUUAUGGAGAUGUGAGUAUUGGCAGUUAUAAAAGAACUUAUGACAGAGUUUUAGUCUAUCAAUAAUCAAUAUAUGGAAUUUUCUGAUAGACCCUUUAACUCCCAAGAUGUGAUUGUUAAUUCUCCCCUCUAGCUGCUACUCAUUUCCUUAUAAAUGUGUUACAAGAAUUUGGUGUUAGAUCAAGAGAACAACCUCUUCUGGAUAACUUUGAGUAUUCUCAUUGCCGUUUUGCUGGAGAAUGUUUAGAUAUAUUUUAGGCAGAAGUUAUGUUUAAUCACCUCUGGGAGUCAAGCAGUUAAGUGGUACAGUUAAUGUGGCUGGAAUGUUGUCCAAAUUGUGGUGUGUUGUAGUGCAAAUGAGGUUUCAGUCUCUGAGAUUAUUUUUGAAUUGACACAUGAAGGGUCUCAGUGUUUUUCUAAAGUAAGCACAAACACUAUUUCUGUCACCAUAAGUGGUUCCUUAUUUUCAAUCAAAAGCUUAUUUUACAAGCAUUUGAAUCAACUUAAUUCUUCUAGAAUGGGAAAGGAGAUGCUAAUGAUUUUUGGCGUCUUGAAGUUGUGAGUGGUGAAGGUGAAGAUGGACGAAUUAAGACUGUGAAGACAGUUUUCAGACUUGUUCAUGUCAACUUGGGCUGUGCUCUUCAUGGAAGUACCCAGGUCCUACCAAAAUGGUGAGUGGUGAAUGCUGAUAUUUCCAGCUUGAUGAAGGGAUUGAUCAAAAGAGAAAUUCUUGUGCCUUUUUAUUUGUAACUGUCUGCUUGAAUGCUGGUGAUCUGUUCUUCUUUUUACACAUGUCAGUGAGUUAGUCAGUUAGUCUUUUAAUCAAUUCUGUCAGUUUCCAGUCAGUUGGACAGUCAGUCAUUCAACAGUUGCUCAGUAAGUCAGCAUUUAAGUUGUCUGAUUUCUGAGGCUUGGGUGAUCUUCAAGAAAAUAAGGAUGUCAAAAGUAAUGAUAAUGCCAGGAGUUAAAAUUGAGUCUAGGAAUGCAAAUAAUAAUAAUAGUUAUAAUAAUAAUAAUAAUGAUGAUGAUGAUGAUGAUGAUGAUGAUAAUAAUAAUCAAACAAUGUACAAUAACCUGUGUGUAGCCAUUAUCAGACUAGUCCUCUCUGUAUUUUAUGUUAUUGAGGAUAGCUAGUCUUCGCUUAAAAAUUAAAUUUCAGUUUAGAAGUUUUGUAAAUGUUAGUUUGUUCAGCAACAGUUUUAAUUUUUUUUCCAGGGGAUGGGAGCAGCUUGAGGUCACUUGCAAUCCCAUUGUACAUCAUUCACAUAACCUUUGGAAUGUUGAGGGUCAUGAAAAUGAAAGAGGUGAAAAAUAAAAGCAACAAUGUGUUAAUUAUUUAUUUUGGCAGUGUCCUUCAAAAGCACCAGCAAGCAGCAUUUUUUUCUGGAGUGCUGGCCAAUUUGAUUAGACAUUGUAUCAUUGAAAAAAAAAUUGAUAUGCCUGUUUCAAUGCAAAAUAAAAAUUAACACUUGCUGGCUGAUGUUCAUUAGGCUGGCUACUUGACAAUUAUAAUUAUAUUUGGCAGUGUCCUCCAAAAGCAUCAGUGAGUGGCAUAUUUUCUGGCCACUCAUUUCUGAAGUGCUGGCCAAUUUAAAUAGACAAAUGAAGGAACAUGCCUGUUUUAGUCUGAUAGAAAUUUUAAUCUUUGUCAGCUGAUGUUAAGUAUGGUUGGCUAUUUUGGAGAAACUGUUAUGGACAAGAAAAGUCAUCAUGCACUUUGAAAUAAUCAACAGAUAAACAAUUUUCUCACAAUAACCGAUGCUUUCUCUGGUUUUAAGACAUUAUUUUACAUGUAAAUAAUUAUAGUCAUUUUCAUUGCUUAUUUACACCAAUCUCUUACACAUGGCAAUUCCAUUCAUGUCACAGCAGAUUUCUCUUUGUUUUUGUGUUCAUGGCUGUGUAUGAGGUGUCAUUACCUAACUGAGGGAACCAGGGAGGGGUUCAAUCAUCUCAUUCAUGAUAAAAAUAAUUAUUUUAUUAUUUGUUUUCUGUUUUCUUUAAUUUGUAAAUUACCAGCUCAGAUAAAUAUUUUAUUUCUUAGCCCAUCUGAUGUAAUAAACUGUUAUUGAAUGUUUCUUUUUUCUGUACAUUUAGUUCCAAAAUCUGCAUCAGACUUUUAUAAGCCUUCAUUUCUUGGUAGUGUCUAUGAAUCACAUGUUGUCAUGGCUCAGGUAUGGUGUUACAAUUGACAUUCAAUUAUUAUGUUGUACCAGAAAGUGCACCAAACCUUUGGAAUAACUCUUUUAGGCUAGCAGUGUAAAUCUAGGUAGUAGAUAAUUGUCUGGAAAACAAGAGGAAACUAGUUGUGAACUAGUGUUAAACAUACCGUAUUUAUUCGCCUAUAAGCCGAGCGAUUUUUCCAACAAAUUAAACUGAGAACAGGUAAAUUAUCGCCAAGGUAGGGGGUUCGGCUUAUAGCCGAGUAUUUUCGCCAAAAAAAAUUUACGGGUGCUUAACAAGAUUCGAAAUUUGACAACAUGAAAAACUGGCCAAUCAGAAGCGGUCAUUCCCACGGUUGGUGUAAACAUUGCAACACGAUCUGACACAUAUCAGCUGAUCGAAGCUUUUCAUUGUUUUAAAGAAACGAAAGACUUACCUUGACUCCUCUGCUCUGAAAACCAGUCCAGUAGUGUUUGACGACGCACCAUCGAUUCACUGAUUCCGUAAUCUCUAGCGAUCUAGAAUGAUCUAUGUUUAUUCAUAACCUACUUUUUGGUUGCAUGUUUCCCGAGAGGGAAGCUCCUUUUGUUUUCGGUUUAUGUUAAUUCAUCUCAGUUAACGACGCGCGUGGAGUACUUUGCAAUUAUUAGGUCUCGGCUUAUAGCCGAAUGUUUUGUGUUUAUUUUUUAUUUCAAUGCAACAGCUGCUGACAUGAAAAAGUUUAGGGUCUCGGCUUAUAGCCGAGAUCGGCUUAUAGGCGAAUAAAUACGGUAGCUUUACUUUUCUAUCAUGUUGAGCCCUGAACAUUCUCAGGCAGUCAAGGCCAUUUAAGGCUUAUCUUCCUUUCUGGAAUUUUACAAUGCCUCUUCUUGCAUAUGUACUUUAAUUUAUUUUUUAAUGCCAAAGUAACUUUUGUUCAAAAGAAAUUGUGUACACUUAUUCAUUUUGCUUCAUAGCUUCUAAGUUUUUAUUCUUUUGUUCAAGAGAUAUUUCAUCCUGCUUAUUAUUCUUUGUUUACAGACCAACUCUGGAUUCAAACCAAAGGAAGGGGAAGUGACGUCACAACCCUGGCAGUGGCCAAUUAACUACCGGGUUAGAUAAAUAGAUUGAAAAGAAGAUGUUACAUUUUUUAAUUUUACUACCAAGCUAAAAUCUUACCACCAUUCUUAUCCUAUAAUUACUCACAUGAUGCUUUUGACAUUGCUGAUCUUAUCACCUAUGUAGAAGGUGUGUCACUAGACUAUGAGUAGCCCCUCAUUUUCAGCAGAGUGUGUGGUGAGAAUAAAAAAGAUCUGUUGAAAAAAUAAUUGAUGUCAAUUUGCCCUAUGGAAUUAUUGCUAAGUCUGUAGUGCCUUCUUUUGUGAGCCUUAUCUCAAUUUUUAGUGUGGUACACUAACAUCAAUGUAUGUUUGCACUGAUUUUCUUUUUACUUGCGGGACAGACUUUGCUGAAAACCAGGAACUGCUCGUAAUCUAGCAUGUUGCAUGAAUUGUCAGGGAAGCCUGAUGAAACGCAGGGAGGGGGUGGUGUAGCCUAGCGAUGGACUGCCAUUCCAAUCCUGAGGGGAGUUGUUAUACUUCUAGUUGCUUCAUGCUAUGGAAACCGGGAUAAGCUCCAGCUGGAUAGGCCACUUGGCUUGAGUACAGACUUGGUACUGGGGCAUAUUUUAUGAAAAAAAUGAAUUUAGUAUCAUAGGAAAUAUGUAGGGAUACAACAAUAAAGAGAUUCUGCCUUCUGAUGUUAGGGUGUGAAUGGUUACAAAUUACUCACUUUUCAAUAUUUCAUUUUGCAGGGUCAGGUAUUUUCUGGUGCAGAUUAUCGUGUCUAUCUCCUUGGCAAUCCAGUGAGUUUUUGUUUUACUUUUAAAAAACACACUUAAGACAUGUAACUUGCACUUUGAUGGGACAAAUUAAAGUAAUUAAAUAAAUGUGAUUCACUUAGUCAUUCUUUUCCUCCACAAUGCUGUCAGGUUAUUUGGUGGUACAUAUUGGGAAUUAUGUGCUUGUUUGGCCUGCUGUAUUGUUUCCAUGCUGUAAGAACACAAAGAGGCUUCAUUGAUCCACCUGUAGAACAAGGUACAAGCUUCUCCCUUGCUACUCCUAAGCUAUGUGUUUUCACCUUCUUAAAAUAGGUUUUGCAGUGUUAAUUUAAAUUCUUUGUCUUGGCCAGUUCUGGAUCUCUCUCUGAGUAAAACUGUAGAAUUUAGCAUUGUUUUAUACAUUGAAAUAGUUCUAUGAUCAUGUUAUGUAUUACCAAUAUACCCGUUUUGGCUAUUGUUUAUAAAUGUUCUUGUAGGUUGGGUUAUCUUUUAAUGAACUUGCAUUUAAUCUAGGGGAACAAGAAGUGUGUGUAGUUGCUUUAUGUUACAGAAACUAGAGAUAAGCAUUGGCAGUUAUGUACCUCUUGGCAUCUUAAACUUUUAACUCCCAAGAUCUGAUUUUUAAUUCUCCCCUCUAGCUGCUACACAUUUUCUUGUAAAUUAGUUUCAAGAAUUUGGGAUCAGAUCAAGAUAACAACUUCUACCUGAUAGUUUGUAUUCUCAUUACCUGUUUGGUGGAUAAUGUUUUGAUAUUACAGGGAGAAGUUGCAUGUUAAUCACUUCUGUGAGUUACAGGGUUACAAUUAUAGUGUGUACAUUCAUACACUUUGGUUCUAAUUUUACAGUCAAAGAAAAAUAAUUACUAUUUCAGGUGUUGGGUCACUUUAGGGAUCAAGAUGUAUAAAUUGUCUCUCUUAUCUCUAUUUUCAGCUCGUAGGAAAAGAAUGGAGUCAGCCUCUGGUUGGUUGUUCCUUGGUUGGGCCUUGCAUUAUUUUCCCUUUUAUGCCAUGGGUCGAGUGUUGUACUUCCAUCACUAUUUUCCUGCUUAUCUCUACAGUGCCAUGAUGGCUGGUUAGUUAUAAACUAGAUACUUCAUCAUGACUGUGAAGUGUUUAUUGAGUUUCAGGCUGAUUAAAGAAUGCUGUACUGUGAUAAAUGCAAGACAUCUGUCUGUGGGAUUUGUUUAAUAGUGUAUGAAAAAAUUUCCCCUGGUAAUUGUUUGCUAUUUGGCAAUGUUUUGGUAUACAAACACAGUGAUCUUGACUAGCCCAGUUGCAUGAGCCUUUUUAAACCUAUCAUUGGCUUGAUUUGCUCAGCAACUUGAACUAUCUGAUGGGUGAAACUGCUUGUAGUACCAAUUAUAGCUUGUCUACUGGCUUAAGAAUUGACUUCUAAAGAACAAUUUAGGACAACAUGGAGGAUCCAUUUUCUUUGGUUCAUUUUAUCCAGUAUGUUUUAUUUAGUGAAAGUAAGUUUACUGUUUGAUUUUCAGGUAUAGUGAGCCAAUAUUUGUGUAAAUCAGUAGCUAUGCUUCCCAAGCUUGAAAAGUUUAAAGAGAUGGUUUACUACAGUACUAUAUGCUUGCUUCUGGCUGGAUGUAUCAUCAGGUAGUUUAACCUUUAAAUUACACUCUAAAAUCAGCAUGCAUAUUCUCCAUACUGUGCUGAAAAGGAGAAGUUUUUCAACAAUCAGGAGCCUGCUUAGUUGGUGAUCAUUUCCUUUAUUCUCAUGACCUUAAUGUGUGAUUCAGAGGUGACAUAUAUUGUAAUUAGAAAUAAGAUGCUAUUCUCUGUUAAGGGCCAAAGGGUGAACAGUCCAAUCUUGCAUGAGACAGGAGUUUUGUCUCACCUCGAGUCUGUUGAAGAUACCACUUAGUUAAUUGUUAAAAAAGUUGCAACUGAUAGUGACUUAAAUGCACAAGGAUAGACUGGAUAUUUAAUAUGUGAUGGACAGACAGAUGUAAAAUCUGAUGUAAGAUCUGUAAUGGAUGUGAGUUCACUGAGGGGCCUUACAUCAAUUGCUUAUUGCAUUGGAGAGAUCUUCAAACUGCCACAGCUUAAUCUGGGCAGGAUCCUAGGGCAAUCAUAGCAAGAUCUUGGUGUAUUCUUGGUGUGAUUCCUGUUUGGCUGAUUUGGUAUUGGUCCUGGGUUGGGCUGUUGCAUAACACGAUGCAACAACAUUUUGAAGUGCUACUCUGAGGGUUGGCCAUGAUUACACCAUUAACUCCACCUUCACAAGUGACAAUGUGUACUGUGUAAUAAAACUAAAACAUCAUUAAUAACUUCAUUUCCUUCCUUGACAGUUUCUGGUUAUUCCGAGGACUCUCCUAUGGCAUGUCUGGCCCCAUGGCUCAUCUUCCUGACUCAACUGCUGCAGUCUACAAGUGGAUGGACAGCUGGGAGGUGUAGCAUGUUGCAAGAGACCAACUAUUUAUACCACAAGGAUGCAACAAAUGAUCCAAUUGUAUAUACAUUUGGGAUAUAAUUUAUCUUGUGUGUAUAGACCUUAUUUUUUACAAGACCUAUGCCUUUCAAAUUCUUUAGGUAGAUAGGAAAGGAAAUUUUAGAAAGUACAGUUUUGCAAGGACGUGAAAAUGCCAAACACUGAUUGUUUGGAUCAAAGGAAUGGAGGAAG